GUUUACACUAUCAACUUGGAAUCUCGCUAUUUGCUGAUACAGGGAGUUCCUGCCUUAGGUGUCAUGAAGGAACUGGUUGAACAAUUUGCAUUAUAUGGUGCCAUUGAGGAGUAUCAUGCUUUAGAUGAAUAUCCAGCAGAGCAAUUUACUGAAGUUUAUCUUAUAAAAUUCCAAAAACUGCAGUGUGCAAGGGUGGCCAAGAGGAAAAUGGAUGAACGAAGUUUCUUUGGCAGUUUGCUGCACGUGUGCUAUGCUCCAGAGUUCGAAACAGUCCAAGAAACCAGAGAGAAGCUGCAAGAUAGAAGAAAGUAUAUAGCAAAAGCAACAAAUCAAAGAGAUUGCUUUGUGUUAAAGAAGGUAGAGGGCCCCAAGAAGACAGUCUCAAAGAACUCUGAGCAUGACUGUUCAUGGAGUACAUCAGGAUCACAUGCAGCCAGUAACUGGGAUCCAUCCUGCUUUACAAGUUCUCUUGGGGUAUCCCACAACACAGGGUAUCCAUCUGGGAAUCAUAAUCAGAGCCUGGUAACAUUUCCACACUAUGAUAACAAUCAUGCUGAAACUUCUGGGUACUUCGGUCAAAACUCAUCCCUAACUCCAAGUGUACCUCCAGGAGGAUUUACUCCACCAGCUUCCUUAAUGCAGCAAAGAACAGUUCCAGCUUACAGUGGAAUUGAUAGGUUUAUGCCUCGUACAACUCACCUGCAAGAACGGAAGAGGAAGAGAGAGGAAGGUAACAAGUUUUCCUUCAUUGGAACAAGUGAGGACAAUACUGACGUCAUUAUUGGUCCACAACUACCAGAAAUACCUAAAGUGGAUAUGGAUGAUGAGUCCUUGAAUGCUUCAGCUACGUUAAUUCGAAACAAACUGAAAGAGGUAGCAGAUUCUGUUUCCAGAACAUCCAUGGAGAAGCCUGAGAGCAGCUCAGCCAAACCACUUGUAAAGCAGAGAAGAAGAAUAUAG